ACUUUAUCUGCAGAUGAAGAGCAAAUUCAAGCAGAAAACUCAAAUAUCACAAUGAUGGAAUUUCUUCUUUUGGGGUUUUCUGAUACUCCCAGUCUCCAAUGGACUCUUUUUGGUAUAUUUUUGCUCAUAUAUUUAACUAUCUUGAUAUGCAAUAGCAUCAUAAUAAUAAUAACAAAAAUUGACCCUGAUCUCCACACUCCCAUGUAUUUUUUCCUGGGCAACUUUUCCUUUUUGGAAAUCUGCUAUGUAACAGUAACUAUCCCAAGAAUGUUAAUGGACCUAUGGACUCAGAAAGGCCAUAUUUCUUUCCUUGCCUGUGCUAUACAGAUGUUUUUUUUCUUUAUGCUCGGAGGCACAGAGUGUCUCCUCCUGACAGUGAUGGCCUAUGACCGCUAUGUGGCCAUUUGUAACCCUCUCCAUUAUGCUCUAGUGAUGAACCACAAGGUCUGCAUCCAACUGGUGGCUGCCUCCUGGAUCACUGCAGUUCCAGCUGUCAUCGGGCAAACCUGGAAGGUUUUCUCUUUGCCUUUUUGUGCAUCUCACGUCAUCAAUCACUUCUUAUGUGACAUCCCACCAAUACUCCAGCUUGCUUGUGGGGAUACAUUCGUGAAUGAGACAGCAGUCUUGGUAGCUAUAGAUACAGUGGUAUUUAUCAUGGUCCCUUUUCUGUUGAUUGUUGUCUCCUACGGCAAAAUUAUCUCCAACAUUCUAAAGUUAUCAUCAGCCAGAGGGAGAUCUAAAGCCUUCUCCACCUGCUCUUCUCACCUGACAGUUGUGGUGUUAUUCUAUGGGACAGCUACUAUCUCUUAUUUACAACCCAAGUCAAAUCAGUCUGAGGAAAGAGGAAAAUUAAUAUCUCUAUUCUACACAAUUUUGAUCCCAACUUUGAAUCCCAUCAUAUAUACUUUGAGGAACAAAGAUAUCAUGAAGGCACUGAGAAAACUGCUGAUUAAGUUAUUACCAUGA